CACCGAGUAAGACAAGGCAUACUAUAGACACACGCAUCUUCUCCUUCUCCUUCACACACACUCGCGCGCACAUAUGCCUGCUAUUUCGCAUGCUAAUUUAUCUGUUCAGCGGUUUAAAGCAGUCUGUUGUCGACCUCCACAACUUCUCGGCCGAAGUCUCUCAACAAGUAGAGCAGAUUCACCAUGUACUGUUGGAAAAGACGAGCGGCCUGCAGGUCAUGGUCAAGGCCCUAAAGGAUCUUGCGCAGGCGUCGUGUGACCUUCAGGUGGGAUUUGACAGGGCGACGCGAGAGCUCGAAACGGACAUUACAAAGCAGAUAUACAACAUCGGGCACUUUGAUUCACAGAAAUCCACCAUCGAUGCUCUACAGAGUCGCAUAAACGAGGGAAGACAAAGCGUCAACGAGCUGGCAGCGCGGGUGGAUAAGGUCCGGAAACUCGUCGAGGGCUGGGAGCGCGCAGAUAGGGCGUGGCAGGAGAAGACGCGCAAACGGCUGAGAAUCACCUGGGCGGCGCUCUCCCUUAUCCUCUGCCUCGUUGCCCUUCUCUUUAUGAUUUUCAACUACAGCUCUCAGAACGCUGAACUGGACACGGGGCCGGCCCCUCGGAGCGUGUGGAGGAAUACGACGCCAGAGCUCGGGAUACAUCAUGACGCCAAGCAGAGUCUUCCCACAAGCAGGAGCAGCGACAGAUCAGAGGCGAAGCUGGCAUGGGAAGCACCACUAGCGGACGAGGAGCCAUUGCGCAUAUUCGACGAACUGUAACCUGUCCAACGGAGACGUUGAAUAGUCGGAUUGUUUAUCAACACUGUACGGAGCAACACCCGCCGUUCCGCACAGAAGUCAUCGCACUGUUUUUCUUGCCCGCCGAGGCGUAUAAGCGGCCAAGGCCCUUGUAGGCAUCGGGUGAGGCUGCGCCAUCAAGAUUUACGUCAAUAGCCCGGGACGGGAAACGCCCUUGACACGAGACCAUUUGUCGGCAUCACCGAGGACCGUUAGUCUAGCAUAUGCGGAGACGUAGCACUGCUUCGUGCACCUCCCGCUUCACUGCCACAGUGGAGCGAACCAGCCAAGCAGUGAGGGUCGUGCGCGUUGCUUCUCGGCCACUAUUGCGGCGCGCUUAAAGCUGCUUUGCUAUUGGACUUUGCAGCAGUUUCCUUUGAACAAAAGAGCUGAGCUCCUCUCUCUAAAUGGGGACAUUUUUGGUUUUUGAGGGCCACAGUUGGCUGGGGCGUGCAAAAGACACGAAAGCUCCUUGCCCAAUUACAUCUCUUACACGGCAGAGCCUCUUGUGAGGCCAUCAUGCAACGCCUCAAGAUCAGUUCACUGUAUGUGGGUAUCUGAGGAGCGGUCAAGUCGGCCGUUUUCAAGGACAGGUUUUAUUAUACCGACUGCAAAUCAUUUGUCGAUCGUCCCGGCGAGAAAAGCAUGAUUGGCAUCUGGCUCAAGAGUCGGCGGUUUGAGAAUUAUUUUACUGUGGGGGGGUUAAUAACACUACAUGUUGCCCUCGGAGACGGUUUCAUAUGCACAGAAAGGGUAAUUUCAUAUAGGGAUUUCUUUAGGGUGAGGCUGGUUAUAGAAGUUUUGUAUAAUAGGCGUGGUCGGCAUAUAGCUGUAAAUACAAUGCACAUAUUCAUAUUACUUG